AUGGAUGAAGAUUAAGAUCAUUUUGUAGAAGACGAUGGAAGCGAUGAUGAUAAAUUUGAAGAGACAUGGAAGAGACAAUAUGAAGUAAACGAGUUAUUAAAUACCUAAUAAUAGACACUUCCAAAAAAGUAGGAUAAAAGACCUGAAUCCAAACAUGGAAGACCUGAAAGUUCCAAAUUCACUUAGAAGAAGUAUAGUUUGAAUGACAACAACAUACCGAUUUCUGUUGCUUUACAAAAAUUCAAUUAGUUAGUUACAUUUAACAAUAUUAAAAUUGAACAAUUUUGGAAGUCGGAUUCAGUCAAUGCCUCUCCAGAAGAGUUUGUAUCAUUUCUUGGUUAGGCAGGUUUCACUUUCACACAAGAAGAAAUCAAUCAAGUUUUGAGUGAUUUAGAAAAUGAAUUCGGAAAAAUCACUAUUGAAAAUAUCUGUAAAAAGGUUUAAGCUUGGAAUUCGAAUGAAAACGCUAUGCUUGAAUUCAUUAAAGAAAAAGCCUUGCACAUGGCAUAAGCAAGCAAAAGAAAAUUCUCAGCUCAAAAGAAAAGCAAACCCUAAUCUGCUUCUGCCACAAGGACUGCUCCCAAAGAUUUCAGACCUAUCAGUGGUAUCUCAUACAAGAGUAAACAAUCAGGGUUUACUGAAUUCAAAAUUGGUGAGGAGAGACCAGUCCAAAAUCUCUCCAAGUACUAUCUUUAAAAGGCCAAAGAGAGGGAAAAGGAGAUGGAUAGGUUACUUCAAUUAACCAUUUCGAAAGGGAAAAACGAAUACGAAUAUGAGAUGCUUAUUAAAAUGGGAGAGGCCAAUGAGUUGUCAUAAUUGUUAGAGAGCAAAAUAACCUAUCGAGCAUAUAAAUCAGCAUAAGGCAAUCUCAAGGUUCAUAUGUAUGAACUGGAUCGAUUCAAUAAAGACAUGACAUUAGAGGAGUUCUAAAGAGAGUACAAUAUGAUAAAGAAUAAAUAUAAUGAGAGAAGAAAUCUAAAGAUUUGGGAAGUGCUGUCAGAAAAUAAAAAGAGUUAAAAGAGCUUGUAGCAUUUCGGCACUUAGAAGGACGAGAUUCAAUAGGAUUCCUAGAAUUAACAUCAAUCAAAGGUUAUUAACAAAAAGGAAAGACAAUCUGAAUUAAAGAAGGUUCUUUUGGAAACGAUGAUGUUGACAAAUGUUCUGAAGGAGUAGUUGUCUGUGCUCUAAAAGAAAGGUAUUGUGAUUUAAUAACCCUCGAUGUGA